UGGGACCGGGAACGGGAAUGGGAACGGGAGCGGGACCGAGAAUGGGACUGGGACCGGGACUGGGAAUGGGAAUGGGACCGGGAACAGGAAUGGGAACGGGACCGGGAAUGGGAACGGGACCGGGAAUGGGAACGGGAGCGGCUGGGCCGGGCGAGGAGGAAGUGCCGCUUCCUGCUGGCAUGGAGCCGGGAGCGCGGAGCCGCCGCUGCCAUGGCACAGAUGGCGGCCGAGGCACGGGACGUGAGCGCGGCCAUGGCGGGGACGGAAUGGGGGGCGCUGGGGGGCNCACGGAUCCUGACCCUGCAGCAUUGGGGCACCUGGGGGCCAUGCUGGGAGCGGCGAGGAGGAAGAUGCGGGGCGGGGGGGAGCGGGAAUGGGACCGGGAUUGGGAACGGGAAUGGGACCAGGACCAGGAAUGGGACCGGGAAUGGGAACGGGAAUGGGACCGGGAAUGGGAGCGGGAAUGGGACUGGGAAUGGGAACGGGAAUGGGAAUGGGACCGGGAACGGGACCGGGAUUGGGACCGGGAAUGGGAACGGGAUUGGGACCGGGACCAGGAAUGGGACCGGGAAUGGGAACGGGACUGGGACUGGGAAUGGAAAUGGGACCGGGAACGGGACCGGGAUUGGGACCGGGAAUGGGAACGGGAGCGGGACCAGGAACGGGAGCGGGACCGGGAAUGGGAUCGGGAGCGGCUGGACCCAUAGAUCCUAGACGCACAGAUCCUGGACCCACGACCUCCAGACCCACAGC